AUGUCGGUUUUCAAAGAUGAAGAUCCUCGCAUCCAUGGCAUUAAAACCAAAAUUCGGGUCGUCCCCAAUUUCCCCAAACCUGGUAUUAUGUUCCAAGAUAUCACAACUUUAUUGCUGGACCCAAAAGCCUUCAAGGACACAAUCGAUUUGUUCGUUGAGAGAUACAAAGGCAAAAACAUUUCAGUGGUUGCAGGAAUUGAGGCUCGAGGUUUUAUCUUUGGCCCUCCCAUUGCAUUGGCAAUAGGAGCAAAGUUUGUUCCCCUGAGAAAGCCCAGGAAGUUGCCUGGAGAUGUUAUUUUUGAAGAGUACACUUUGGAAUAUGGAAGGGACCGUCUUGAGAUGCAUGUUGGAGCAGUAGAACUUGGUGAGCGAGCUCUGGUGGUUGAUGAUUUAAUAGCCACAGGAGGCACACUCUGUGCUGCAAUGAAUUUAUUGGAACGUGUUGGAGCAGAAGUAGUUGAAUGUGCAUGUGUAAUUGAAUUACCAGAUUUACAGGGUCGUGUGCGAUUGAACGGCAAGCCAUUGUAUGUACUAGUUGAAUACCACUGA